UUGUUCUAUGUGGUGUCUUAUAUGUAUUGUUUUAUGUAAGACUCAUGUGUUUAUUUAUUUAAAAGUUGGAUAGUUAAUAAAAGUUAGAGGCAAAGUUAUAAUUUAAAACCAAGAUUAGGAUUAUUAUGCCUAAUUUUAAUAAGUCACCCUUGUUUCUAGCCACCAAAACAUAAGGAAACUCUAACCAGAUGCAGAAGGCUAAGCACAGAAAGUUGAAAAGAACAACAAACCUUACAACUUUUUUUUCCCCAUUUGCCAAUGGCUUCUUCCGGAGCUUGGACGUAUCGAGAUCGAACUUCCGAGUUCGCGUCUUUGUCCAAAACAUUGAAGAAAAUCGCAGGAACUACCGGAUCAGAUCAUGAACCACAGCAGAAUUCUGCCUCUUCUACCACAAAGGUACUACAAAUUCCAGAUCGAUCUGAAUUCAACAAGAAGGCUUCGAGAAUCGGAUUGACAAUCCAUCAAACCUUUCAGAAAAUCGAUAGGCUAGCUAAAUUGGCAAAGCGAUCAUCAAUUUUCGACGAUCCAAGCAAGGAAAUUCAGGAAUUGACAACUUCCAUAAAAAAUGAUAUCACAUCACUCAAUGUUGGAGUUUCUGAUUUACAAGCCCUUCAAGACAUGGAUGUAGCUGAUGGAACUCAUUCGAAAGAUACAAUUGUUCAUUGUACUGCGAUCUGUGAUGAUCUGAAGACGAGACUUAUGGCUGCUACAAAAUCAUUCCAGGAGGCACUUACAAUAAGAACGAAGAAUAUGAAAGCUCACGAAGAUCGAAAACAGAUAUUCUCUACAAAUCUCUCUAGAGAAAAUCCUUUGAAACAACCUACAGCAGAGCCACCUCCUUGGUCAACUUGUCAAUCAUUAACGGCAAUAGAUGCUCAGGGAAGCAACCAAUUAAGACGGAGAUUGGCUUCAGACAAUCCUCCGUCUAACGAAUUGGAAAUGUCAAUGUUACAAGAUCAGGUUCCGAGACAAGAAAGUUACUCUCAGAGUAGAGCAACUGCUCUUCAAAAUGUUGAAUCGACUAUUUCAGAAUUGGGCGGAAUAUUCACACAUCUAGCUACCAUGGUCGCACAACAAGGUGAGCUUGCUAUAAGAAUCGACGAUAACGUUGAUGAGUCAUUGACAAAUGUUGAAGGUGCACAAGGUGCUUUGUUAAAGUACUUGAAUCGAAUAUCAUCAAACAGGUACCUCAUGAUCAAAAUUUUUGUUGUUGUGAUCCUUUUUCUCUGUGUAUUUAUAUUUUUUUUGGCCUGAUAUCGGUGGAUAUUCACUGUAAUUGUUAGCUUAUUAGUAAUCAAAAAUCAUUUUUUCUCAAUAGCUUGCUCUGAGAUGUGUACUUUGCAACUUAGAUGCUGGAGUAGCAAAUUUCCUCCAGAUAAACAGACAAAUUAUAUCGAUACA